AUGGAUAUAAAAGUGCUAGAUGAUGAAAUUAUGCUGUCCGAUGGACGGAUAAUAAAAAUACCUGUUAAACAUGAGGACGAGAAAAACGAGAAAGAAAAGGAAAAGGGGAAAAUAAAAGUGGAAAAAGUUCCAAAUGUUUGGGGUAGUAGUGCAGGUGCAGGAAGUGACUAUUUUGAUCUUUAUCGCAAACAAAGAAAUCAAGAAAAUGAAAGAUUAGAGUUACUUGAAAAAAAAUGGAAAGAAUAUACACAAAAUCAAAUAUUUCAAAGUAAGAGAAGGGAAAAAAUUGAAUAUAUGGAAAAAAAAAGCUUAAAAAAAAAAACUAAAAGACAAAUCAAAAAAAACAAAAUUCGAGAAAUGAGAAAUAAUAAGAAAGGAAAAACUAUAGGAAUCUCUGAUAUGAACAAGGAAAGCAUGGAUCCAAAUCAAAAACACGCAUCCUCUUCACUCAAUUGUGAUACGCUAAAAUUGGAGGACCUGUUGUGCAACCCUUCCUCUAAGAAACAUCAGAAUUAUCUAUCUGUCCAUGAUGAGGAAAAUUUGAUCAAUUCACAAAAUGACGAAUCGGCAAGAGUCAAUGAUGAAAAAUUUUGUGCACCCACUGUGGACACAAACAACUUUCUCGUUCUUAAAGAGGAAGAGGAAGAACUGUUCUAG